CCACUAACUUUACAAUCAAUUUUAUACAUUAUAAUAUAUAUAUCGUGGAAACCACUUGUCUAUCUCUUCUAUCAAUUUAUUACUAUUAUUAAAACCCCACCUACUCAAAUAAAUCCCCAGAUCCAUAAAAUAGCUGACACCCAUAAUUACUCAGAUAAUUCAACUCCAUUUUAUAACCCAAAAACCCCUUCAGGAUUCAAAACCCAAAAGUUUCCUCUUUUAGAAAGAAAGGAAAACAUGAGAAAUCUUUCAUUUAGUGAUGAAGAUAAUCAAAGUGAGUUACCAAAAACAGCAAUUUGGUGGUGGAGAACACCUCAAGAUUUUGAUGAAAAUGGUCAUCUUAAAGUUGACAUUUCUAAUCUUUCAAACCUUACACCUAGGCUUAAACUUCUUAGAGAAAUGGAGAGAUUGGCUUUGAUUUCAAGUGAGGGAAUUGAAGAUCUCAGACACAAGCUUAUUACUUACAGGUGUGGGGAUUUUUGGUUACCAGUAGGAGGAAUAAAGAAAGAAGAUAUGGAUAUACCGCCAGUGAUCACACUUCUACUAGUGGGGCUAUCUGCUUCUGGGAAAAGCUCUCUUGUUAAUUAUAUGUAUAGUGUUCUUGGUCGAUCUGGCCUCAUUCCUUUUGCUCAAACUUCAAGUGGGAAUUCACACUAUACAACCAUGUUCUUGGAAGAACACAAUGUUUUGAGAUCAAUGAGAAGUGGAUUUUGUGUGUAUGAUACAAGGGGCUUGGAUUCUAAUGAUAUGAACGAGGGUUUAGAGGAGGUUUCGACAUGGAUGACUCGUGGAGUUCGCCAUAAUCAACCUUGUCUUAGACAUGGUGAUUAUAAGCUUAUUAAUGGUGGCGGAACAGAUGCUAGUUCUUUACGAUCAAAUACAAGGUACACUAAGAGAAAAAUUGAUUGUGUAGUAGUUGUGGCUGACUUAUCGGAGAUUAACAAGGCUUUCAAUUCUGGAGAUUUGAAGCCUGUGGAGACCUUGAAGAAUCUCUUCAACAACCCUUGUAUAAGGAAAUCAAACGAGAAUCCGUUAUUAAUACUAACACAUGGUGACAUGAUUAGCGCGGAGGAAAGGAUUACCAGCAGGCUGAAAAUAUGCGAAUAUUUAGGGAUACCGGAGACGACAGGCGCCUAUGAUAUAGCUUGCCUGACAGAGCAGGGGAUAUUGCCAGAAGAAUCAGAUCCAGUAGCAGCAUUUGCCCUAACUGAAGCAGUGUAUAGAUCUCUAAUGCAAUCUGAUAGAAACCAUCUCCCUAAGAAGAAUUGGAAGGAUUGGAUUGUGCUUUUUGUGGCAUGGAUCAUGUGUUGCAUUGGUUCCUUCUUUGCAAUGCUUGCACAUUUCUUCUCAAGAUUUAGCCAUCACAAUAACAAACUUAAGUAUUAAAAGUACUUUCUCUAUUAGGUCCAGUGGCGGAGCUACAUGUAAUAAAGGGGGUUUAAUGGGAUUUUAUUUAUUCUAAAGUUAUACCGUGAUAGGUUUGGUUCAAAAUUGUUUUACGUCUCCGGUUCAAAUUUUAAGAAUGAUAUUCUUACAUUUUUUUUAGUUCUAUGUUGAACUUUCUUGCUCCGCCA